UUUUUGCUCACCCACCAGUCGUGUCGUCGUCAGGUGCAUCUUGCUGGAAACAUCGUACGAGUUUUGCACGGAACAUUUUGGACUUAUUUUUCGGUGCGUUGUGCGUGAGAAUCUAAUCGAUUUUAUCGGGGAAAACUUCCGCCCUGUGUGCCGUUCCUGCGAGUGAGCUGAAAUUCACCAUCCAUCAUGUGGCAAUGGCCAAAUUCAGCGGAGCAUUCGAUCUGAAAGAGCCACCACCAUGGCAAAACUGCUGCUACUGUAGUGGUUCUUCUGCCAGUUCUACGUCGACGUCUUCGUCCGCUUCCACCACCGUCGCGACGUCGCCAAAUCCCCGUCAGCAGCAGCAGCAGCUCCAGAUACAACAGAGUCAGCAGUUGCUUUCUUUCAAAUCGCCAGCCGAUUUCGUGAGGCAUCUGCGUCAGCACCACUGCACCGUGGAAGGAGGGUCCUACGUUUGCCGAUAUGGUUACAAUGAAGUCUGCGCAUCGCUUCCCCUGGAUGGCGUCAGCGAUAGGGAUUACGAAAUGCACGUCAACCGUUGCCACGUGAACCAGCAGCAAAAGGAGUCCCAGAUCAAGUGGUCGGUAUUCUCGGCGGCCCAGAAUCUGCCGGCCGUACUAAACGAUCCUAGUCGAAGCAAGCAGACGCAUUUCUUUACCAAAAAAUGGGGCGAUGCCUUCGUAGAACACCAAUCGAUCGGAACCUCGCCUCAACUGCCCGAUAUAAAGUGGGACCAUUUUGAUUUCUAUCUGAAGCGGAUCGGUAAACGGUAUCGGGUUCACAACCGAAUUGCGAAAACCGCCCUACCGAGUAGCAGUUCUAGUCAAGGCCAGCAGCCGGUCGUGAGCGAUCGCCUUCCGAAUGGGGCCACCGCCAAUCUGAAAGACAUUCCCGAGGUGUUCCUGAAGCACAACCUGGAACUGCACAGUCCGGCCUCGUUUGCGGCGGUAUUUCCCGACAUUGGGAACGAUGGCGAACAGGCGAAACAGUCGAGCCGCUUGCUGCAGGAAAAGCUUAGUCACUAUUUGGAUAUCGUGGAGGUGCUGAUAGCGAAGCAGGUCGCUGAAAAAUCAUCGGCAUUCUUCCACGCAAUGACCUCCCAGGACGCCAUCAUGGAACAGAUGCGCGAAGCUACCGCUCUUGUAUCACGACUCCGUUCCCGACUGAAACUGAUCGACGAUACCAUCAUCCGUGAGUCGCUGCAAAUCAUCAGCCUGGAGCGGGUCCGUUCCAACAAUAACAUCGUCCUGGAACGGCUGAAGCUGAUGUCCACGGUGCAUCAGACUCAGCCGAUGAUUCAGCUUCUGCUGAGCACUCAGGAUUACGUCGCGGCGCUGGAUUUGAUCAGCACGACCCAGGAAAUUCUGAGCGCGGAACUUGUGGGCGUUCAUUGCUUCCGGCAUUUGCCUUCGCAGCUAACCGAGAUGGAACGGCUGAUCGAUAAGAUGCUGACGACGGAUUUCGAGCGGUACUCGACGUCGGAUCUGAAUCGGCCAUUUGCCGGGGAUAAUAGGCUGGUCGAGAAGGUGUUGGAUGAGGAUAAGUUGAUUUGUAUUAUAUCGGGUUUGUUGCGGAAGCGGAAUUUGGAUUUCAUUGAUACUUACAAGCAGGAAGCGAUUACAACGGUUCGGGCAAUUGUGAAACAGAUGGUGAUCGAGGUCAUCGCUUCGGGGGAUGCGGAGGUUUGUUUGACUGGAGCGGGAGAGGAAGCGCAGAGUCUGUCACUGUCGGAGUGGAUUGUACUAUUGGAAACGGCGACGGUCACAUUGAUGAGGUUGCUGAGGCGAGUUCGAUCGGUUCAUGAUGUGAUGCAACAGACUGCCGAUGCAAGCGCCGGGAAGAUUACGGAUGAUGUGAGUUUUAUAGAUACAGAAGCAUUCCUUUCCGCUGAAGACUAUGAAGUAGUCAAAACGAAGCUAGCCAAUUUGUUGCAAAGUGUUUGCAAUUAUUGUCAUGAACGUUGCGCCAAUUUGGUAUCUAACCAAAGCCUGGAGAAGAGCUCGGUCAGUGCCGAUCAGAUAGCAAAACUAACGGAAAUCGUAGAACGGUUUAGCGAUGGUUGUGAAGAAGUUUGUGGAAUUCAGAGUGUCCCGUUGAAGUUGGCCUUGCGAGCUCAAGGAACGAGGUAUGCUCAAAAGUUCCAUUCUGAGCGGAAAUCGAAAAUGGCUUUGCUGCUCGAUAGCGAACGGUGGAAACAAGCCGAGGUGCCUGCUGAGUUCCAAAAGAUGGUGGAAAGCAUUUCGAAAGGAGUUUUUCUAUGGAACAAAAGCUCAGAAAUGAACGGAGGAACUCCAGUUUCGUCGCCGCCUCCACAAGCUGUACUGAUGGUGGACGGACAACCGUUCGCAUUGGUUGGAGCUGCUCUGCUUCUAGUGCAAAUCGUUAGUGAAUACUGUCGUUGCGCUUCUCAAUUGCCCGUAAUCGCAACCCAGCUAGCUCGCAACGUGAUCGAUCUACUAAGAACCUUCAACUCUCGCUCUUGUCAGUUAGUGCUCGGUGCCGGUGCCUUACAUGUGGCCGGUCUAAAAACCAUCACCAGCGGUAAUCUUGCCCUCGUAUCUCGUGCUCUACAACUAGUCCUCUGGCUGUUGCCACACGUCAAACGUCAUUUCCAAUCCCUGGAACCAAAUGGUACCUCAACCGGCUCAACGACCAUCCUCACCGGUUACGAUUCAAUCGAGAAAGAUUUCGCCUCCCACAUCAAAGAAAUAGAAAACAAAGUGUUAGCCAUCGUUUGCGAUCUCGUCACCAACCAACUGUCCAACUGGGACGCACGGCCGCCGGUUCCUUCCCAACCAUUCCGCAACAUCAGCCGACAGUUUGUCAAACUGCACGAGGCAAUUGCGCCGAUCCUGCCGGAAAAACAGGUAGCUACCAUCUACCGGGUGGUACACAAAAACUUCAAAGACAAACUUCGGGAGCAGCUGCUGCGAAACAACAUCACCAACAACGGGGGACCCCAACACGGCACCGUCGUGUCUGAGUUGACGUUCUAUAUGGAAACCCUGCGGACCUUGAAGGCGAUGCCGUCGGAGGAACUGCGCGACGAAACUUUGGACGAUAUUUGGUUAAAGUAGGAUUUAAAUUUCAGUGCAGACGGGGCUUGAUCCUUUUGUGAGUGGAAUUUGUGUCUCGGUCAGUUUGGAUAUGUUUCCUUUUUGUUAAAGUAUUUUAAAGAUUCCUUAUUUUAGAAAGUCUAGCUAUUUAGAAUAGAGGUUCGCUUCUGAUGGUGAUCAUUUUUUUAAUGUGUAAGUGUUACCGUUGUGUCAGCGUUAUUCUCGGGUAUCUACAAUUAUUUGACUCUAAACAUGUUAUUUUGUUUUAUGAUGAUUUAAAAAAUAUUUGAGCUGUUUUUUUGUAAAAGUUUUAAAAUUUUCGCUGUUUUGUAAAAGUUUUAAAAUUUUCGAUCACUAUUUCCCAAAAAAAUGAAAGGAAAUUCACAAAUUAUUCACUGCAAAUUAAAGGAUGCUGGGAUACCCAUAAUAGAGUGUGGGCAUUAAAUAAGAAACAUUUUGAAAAAGCAUGAGGAGAAAACCCAAAUCAUGGUUGAAUUAAGAUUGGAUCGAGAUACUUAACUUGCCUUUCUCAACUUUUUGCCUGGCUGUAUUAAGCUGAAACAGACAUCUGCAAAAUUCAAAAUAAUUCGUUCUCCAUAUUCCAACAAUCGAAUUAGGUUGUUUAUUUCUAGAUUUUGUGUAGUUGUUUUGUUGCCCGAUAAACAAAGGUAAAUCUUUUUCAUACGAGUCAACCUAUUGCCAUUAAAAGUUUUGUCAAUUCAUAACACACAUAUUUAUUUGCUCUGCUUAAAUUCUGUGUUUUUGUGCAAGUCCACGCGAGAGUGCAUCUAUGUCAUGGAAGGUGUAAGAUUUUGUCGAGAAUAUUACAACACGCAUGUUGGAUAGCUUAGAUAAACAAUUGAUAGGAAAUCAGCGAAUUUCAAAUGAAUAU